AGAUAAAAUGGAAAAUUGAAUUUUGAAAUAUCUAAAAACUUUUAAUAAUCCUAAUGAAGAUUUGCAUGCUAAAUUUGGAGAAUUAUCAGGUGCUUAUAAAUAAGGUAGAGCUGAUAGUGUAGCUUUAUAUUUUAGUACCUAUGAUGAUGUAGUUUAAAUUCUAGUACCUCGAAUAAAUAAAAAAGAAAUUUAUAAAGGCUGCUUGGCUUGAUGAUAGCAUUAUGGGAAUAUCGAAAGGACUUUAAUAUUAUUCAGCUGAAUAUUCAAAAUUGUCAUAAUAUAUAUUUUAGCUUCUUAUGAUUGAUUCUAUAAUCAAUCAUAAAAAAAGAUCCUUCUUUUGUUUAAUUUAUACAUUCAGAAUCGAAUUAUAAACCUUAUUUUACUUUUAAAGUAAAUUAUAGUAAAAUUUAGACUAUUGGCAAAGAAGCUAUUGCUGAUCUUUUAAAAGGAUUAUAAGUUUAUAAAUCAGUAAUUGAUGGUGAAAAUGGAAUGAAAUUCUUUAACAAAUUCACUCAAAUUGAUCAAUAAUUCCUUUAACUUAGAGAUAUAAUCACAUAGUAUAUUUAUUAAUUUAUUAAAUAGUAUUCCAUUAUUAGAAUGA